AGAAAGAAAAAUAAUAUUACAAUAUGAAGUGGCAGACCAAUUUACUUGAGGUAAUUGCAGUAAAACUGAAGCGCUGAUAAACAUUUUUGAGACUCAAAAUAGAUUUUCAAUUCUAUUAAAAAUGACGGCAGUAAAAGGGGGCUGGAAGAGGAAGUGACGUAGUUUCCCGGAAGUUACAUCACAUAAAGGCGGUAGUAGCGUGAAUUUGAAAUUUGCGGGGGAGCAGUUAGUGAGCUAGCAUUCAACUAAAAUGGACAACAGCAAAUAGUUCCAUUUUUGGCGAGAACCAUGGCGUCGUAUUAUCAUUUAAUUCAUCAGUCAAAAAAACAUGUUGAAUCUCCCGCUAAAGUAUUCGCGAAGCUGAAAUCCAAAGUGCAGCGAGAAACGUACGAGAGUACAGUCGGAGGAAAGGAUGCACAAUGUAACGUUCGAGAAAAACAUGGAUCUAACUUUCACACGCCCCGGAGGAGAAGGAUCUCCGAUGAGUUUAAGGAGAAUCAGAGGGAGGGAAACAUUCACGGUGAAGUUAAGGCUCUAACUCUUUCCCCAAUACGGAGUCCUCAAAAAGGUCUCGGAUUUUUGUACUCAGAGUUUGACACAAGACCUGUUGAAGAAUUACCUUUUUUAUCGGAAACGGGGCACACUCUGACGUCAAGAAAUGGAUGCACACCGACAAAGAGAGCUUUCCUGGAGUCAACAACUCUGUCUUACCAACCAUCAAAUGAGAUCCGCCCAGAACAGCCUCUGAUCAGACAUUUGGAUGGGUUUACUGUACAGACGCAGUCGCCGGAAAAUAAGGUCAGCAGCAGAAGGAAUGUUUUCAAGACGGACUCUGCACCACACUGCCGAACUUUAUCUGCGGACACCGGGGUCUCUGCAGUUAAGAUGAGGCUAAGGAAGAGAAAACUGGAACCACGGGAGUUGAACGAAGUUAGCAACAGAGCAGAGGAAGGUAAAUGUCAGCCAAAGGAAAGGAAAACCACCGCUGCUUUCAUUGAUGACAGUACCUUCACGGAUGAUAGUGAGACAUGUCCAAUCCCCAGUGAGCCAAUGUUUGCAAUUCCAGCCCAACCCGCCAAGCCAAGGAGCAAGGUGGGAUUAGACAGAUUUCCCCUGAUGUCUCCAGCAAAGAUGUUUGCUUAUAUGAAGGAAAGGGAGAGUAAAAGAGGGCAGACUGAAGUUCCCAAAGUCAGCAACACCACAAGGAAGCUGUUUGAUGAUGCUGAUCAUCAGUGUCAGCCCAGAGAUGAGCCAGACUCUACAGUAUCUCAACCAGACAGAACAGACGACAUGCAUUUUGGAGAUGCUUGUGAAAAUAUGCCUUCUGCCAGUCUGACCAAAAUAGAGUCCUCUGACAACCAAUCAGACAUCCAUCCUCCUGACAGUGAACCUCCGUCUGCAGUGCCAUCACAGCCCGUUUUGGUUGAAGAUCCGCUUGUGCUUAAUUCACCUCGGGUUUCCAUCCCAAAGAAACCGGAUGAGAUGGUCAAGCACAACAAGUGGUUUCAGCAUGCAACAUUCCCCACUGAGAGUGUCAUUUAUCUGAAGAAGUGGUUCCUGAGGAAGGGUCAGAGGGGCCUGUUUGUCGAUGGCAUUCAUGGAGAAGAGAACAUACCUUGGAAUAGUAACUUCAUUGUGGAGCGGGUUUCCAGUUCUGUACUGAAAACAGUCUCUGGCAGAGUUUACAUCUUGGUUGGCAAAAUGAACUUGAGUAUGAAGUCUGAGUUUCCAAAAUGGUUUUUGAAAAAGUUUGCCAGAGGUUUCCCUCCAGACUGGAAGACGCUUUAUGAGAUGUUUCUGUCAAAAGAGAAAACCAAGACAAAGGGUGAAAGCAAAAGCAGACCCAAGAAGAAAACCGAGACAUCCGCCAUCAACCGUUCUGUGCAACCAUCCAGACAAAAACCCCUCAAAACCCCUGAUUCCUGUAAUUCCUCUGCUGUGUCUAACACAAAAACAUCUCGAAGCGGUCGGUUGAUCAAACCACCUCUAGAGUACUGGAAAGGAGGGAGAGUCAUUUUGGACGCACAGAUGAACGUUACAAUUCAUGAAUGUUAUAAUACCUCCAUCUGCAGCCCUCAUAUCACUGCAACAGUCACCACCAAGUCAUCCAAGAAACCCUCCCAAGGGAUCCUGCCCUGGACUGAAAGUAAUGAACCAUGUGAUUCAACUGGUGACACUGAGCCGUCUGCAGUGCUGAGGAAGGUGAAACCCCCACCCCGCAAAUGUAACCAAAUCAAGGGUAAUCUAGAGGAGAAGCCUUCCAGUCCACCUGAACCAUCUGAGGAGGCAGUGACCCAUCAAAACAACAACCCUAAAAAUUGGUCUGACAGAAUAACAAGAUCCCGUCAUAAGAGUCAAAGAACAUUCUAUAUGGACAGUGCAUCAAAAAAGCAAAGUGAACCUGAGAAGUCUUCAAAACAGAGGUCCAAAAAACAAACGCCAGACACAGACAGAACCACAAUGAAAAGCAGGAGAUGGGCUGUGUUGACAGAAUCACCCACAGGUAGUGAGAGCACAUCGCCAAAUCUGUCAGCGGAUUAUGAUUCAUCCUCUAAGGGAAAAAAGAGAGGAAAGGUACUAUACAGAAAGAAAGGUGCAAACGUUCUUAAGAAGUCUCAGCCGAGCUACGUGUCUUCGAGUCAGUCAGAAUCCUCCGGUAACAGCGGGAAGGAACAAAGGAAAAAGUCUCAAAAAAGGGUUACAAAGAAUCAUACUGUGCCAAGAGAGGCCGACAAUAAACGGAGCAAACACACCAAAACAUCAGCACCCCCGCAACAUUUGCCCAAGUUCACACAAUCCACCAAAACGCAACGAGGAAGCAAAGGCAACACAAAUAUUCUACAAGAGGAAGAUGAGGACAAGUGGACUGAGGAUGAGCUUAUGAAGUUGAAAGAGGCUGUUUCCUACUAUCCUAAGCACAUUGGCGGUUACUGGGCUAGGGUGGCACAGAUGGUAGGAACACGUUCUGCAGAAGAAUGCCAUAAUCAGCAAACAUCCAUGGGAAGCUUGAAGACUCCUACUAAAAAAGACAAGACGAAAAGGAAAAAAGCAGAGCCACCAAAAGAUCCAGCUGCACAGCAUCCUAUUAUAUCUGCUCGAGUGGGAACCUUAAAAAGAAAGCAACAAGUGCGUAACUUUCUGGAAUCCAUGCCCAAAGAAAACGUUGAUGAUGCUUUCAGUAGCGCACACAUGCAGGGAAAACGGUUCGAGAUGCCAUCCAUGUGUCCGAGUGAAGACCAUGACUUUGCAAUGUCAGACUUGGAGCCCUGGACCCCCAUGUCCACGGGUAUCCCUGAAGCAAAGACCCCCCAGUGUCUACAUAUCUCCCCUGGAAUGAUGGGUUCUCCAAGCAGGACUCUUGAUGACAAGUAUGUCUAUCAACUCCAGAAGAGGAUGAAAAAAAAAUAUUUUAAUGUCCACGCUCCUGCAGCAAAGAGCCUCACACCCACACCAUCAGUUAAACGAACAAUGAAAAGAUGUGGUAACACAGAAAACAGUUUUGUUGUUUGGGAAAUGUUCCCAGACAAAGAAGACGCACUGUCUGAAAGUGGAGAAGAAGAGGACUUUUACUUCUCAAAUGAUGACUGAAUUGUCAGAAUUAAAACAUCAGAUGAUGGGAAAGUUUAUUAACUGUUCAUGUGAAUUAAAGCAAACAGAAUUAAGGACAGAUGUGUUAUUUUUCAUUGUUUAACUCAUCAGAUGGGAACAAUAAAGCAUAAUAAUUUUACUGCCUUUCACAUGUACAUUGAUGGAGUGUUUGUUAAUAUAAAAACUCAGGAUCUGACUUAUAGUUGGGUGUAGUACUUGAUUUAAUCGUUUCAAGUACAACCUGCACUUCUUGUGGGGAAAAAAAACAUUUGAUGUAUUAUUUUGAAAUUAUUAGCUUCAAAUAUUUUGUCUAAAACACAUUUUUGUAGAUGUCUGCCAGAUUGCCCUGUAAAUAUUUUGUUUGAAGGCCUAGUCGCACGUAGUUGUAAUUAUCUCUUUAUGUGCAUUGCUGAAUUCUAAUUUGUAAUUGGUCAAUAAAUCUGUUUUACCUCAAACAA